AUGUUAGAAAAGCAACAUAGAAAACUUAGGGGCCUAAGCCAUCUCUCCCUUUCUCCUCAGUACACCGUGGACAACGCCAACAAAUUCAGACCCGUCCAUCUUAGCAAUGUUGUGCUUGCCUUUGCUCGUCUGAACUUCCAACCCAGCUGCAGAGAGGCCUUCUUCAGUAUGAUCCACGAUCGGCUGGAUUACCACCUGGACUCCUUGGAGCCGAACCUACUGGUGGAUCUGGUGUGGUCGCUGUGCGUGCUGCAGCAAGCAAAGGCCGCCCAUCUACAAAGUGUUCUAUCUCCGGAGUUUUGCACUCGCCUCUUAGGUGAUCAGUCCCCCAGGGGACGGAACUAUCAGCUAAAACUGAUCCAUAUCAACACCACAGCCCGCCUGGAGUGUGCUGGCUACGACGGGCCCCUCUUGCCGCAGGAAGCUUUGAGCAUCAAGGACUUGCGAGGGGAAAGGAAGGCGACCCCGCUGCAGACCAGCCUGAAAGAGACGCUGCAGAGUGUGGCCGGCGAUGAGGCCAAGGCACGUUUUGACGUGGACACCGUCUACGGCUGGCAGCUGGAUGCGGAGAUGGUGCUUAACAGCGACAGCCAGGCCCUGCCUGUAGCGGACUUCGUUGCGCCCCACCUGCUGCAGUCCACGGGAUCUAGACCCCUCCCACCAGGGGCCAGGAGGAUUGCCUUCAUGAGAUGGGAGUUUCCAAACUUCAGCAACCGAAGCAAAGAUCUGCUGGGGCGUUUUGCCAUGGCCCGGCGGCAUCUUCAAGUUGCAGGGUUCUUGCUUGUGGAGGUUCCUUAUUACGAGUGGCUUGAUUUGAAGUCGGAGUGGCAGAAGGCCGCCUUUCUCAGGGACAGAAUGAACAAGGCAGUGGCUGAAGACAUGGUGAAGUAGAGACGGACUCCAGGAGGGGACGGAGAGAGACUCUUGAGGGCAGGUUGUAAGAGAAUCCUGGCCGUCCUCCCCGAUCGUGGCUGGGGGCUGAGGCGUAUCGUGGGCCUUCUUUGGCUGUGUACGUGAACAUAUGUUUGAAUAAAGGGUCUGCUGUACAGUU